AUGUGGUUCUCGCUGCCUGCCCUCUUGGCUGGCCUUGCCCUUCCAGGUGUGUAUGCUGCCGCGCUCAGUCGAUCUGAUAUCCAGACCGUCUUUUCUGGCGCCCAGUGGUCUUCUGCUGGUACCAUUGUUUCAUUUCCUGGCUCAGAUAGCUUCACGAACGCCACGGAGCGAUGGUCCGUCUUUCAUCAACCGACGUACGCUGCAUCCGUCAGCCCCGCCACAGAGGCCGAUGUCGCCAAAGCCGUGACGCUCGCCACUUCUCAUCGCAUACCGUUUUUAGCUACAGGCGGUCGACAUGGCUAUACUACGACGCUGGGCGAACUUCACAAUGGCCUAGCGAUUGAUCUUGGUCAAUUGAACACAGUCAAUAUAGAUAAAUCCACCGGAGUUAUGACCAUUGGUGGGGCGGUACGGUUUAGUGAUAUCUACAACCCAGUCUUCGAGGCCGGCUAUGAGAUCCAGACUGGCACCUGCUCUUGCCCAGGCAUGGUUGGCGUUACACUCGGUGGAGGCGUCGGUCCUUGGGCUGGGGUUCAUGGCUUAGACAUUGACGCGUUGCUCUCUCUACGUGUGGUGACGGCCAAUGGAACCGUGAUUGACGUUUCAGACAACUCGAAUCCAGACCUGUUCUGGGCCAUGCGCGGUGCCGGGGCCAAUUUCGGUGUUGUUACCUCAGCUACUUACCAACUGCAGCCACUAGUAAACGACGGUCAGAUAUGGGUUGCUGAGGCAAUCUUAACACCUGACUUGUUUUCUAACUAUUUCAAACUUGUAGAGACUUACGAUGGAGGCAAUUUGAAACCAGAAAUGGCCAUCAUCCAGGCCGGCGUCUACGACGAUGCAGCUGGGUUUGUGAUCGCGGUUACUUGGUCAUACCUAGGGCCGGAAGACAAGGCGAAUGAGUUUUUCAAACCACUCUUAGAUCUCAAUCCAAUCGUCCUGGGCAUACAAAACUACCAGUGGAAUAAUGUCAUUCAAUCGGUGAGCGGUGGUUCGGAUGCUCAACGUUGCAUUGAUGGGGCUAUUAACAGCAUCUACACCAUUGAUGCGAAGAACUUCUCUGCUGCUACAUAUGAAACGGCCUAUGCGGAGCUUGGUGCAUUCUACGAGGCUCAUCCUGAGGCACGAGGCAGCACAAUUCAAAUCUCAAUAUUUCCAAAUCAAGCUGCUCUCGCUGUGCCUGACGACAGGACUGCGUAUCCUUGGAGAGAGACCAAAGCCUACAUAGAUCUAAUCUUCACGUGGACGGGCACAAACCAAUCGCUGGAGAAAACAACGGACGCUUUGGGGCGUCAAUGGCGUUCGACGUUUGCCGCCACAUCUGGAUACCCCGGCCUGGCAGCGUACGUCAACUCGGCGCAUGGCGACGAGUCUUUGGAGAGUCGAUAUGGGGCUAACAAACUGCCUCGUUUGGCUGCACUGAAGAAAACAUGGGAUCCCAACAAUGUCUUCCGAUUCAACAACAAGUUGCCAACAAAGUAUCCCUAG